UCAGAUAAGCGAUCCGUCAUCGCGCGUAUUUUGUUUUCUGAAGAUCUGUUUUAAAAAACUGUGUUUGACAGGAACUCCUGAGGUUAUGUAAAGUUUUCUUCGUGAAAACUUUCAAAUUGGUUGAAAUCUGUAGUGACUUUUCGCAACGUACUCAAAGCUUUUAAAUCUUCAUCUAAACCGUGCAUUUAUGCUUCACGCAAGCUUUUAGUAGAUCACUAAAUAAGAGUCCAAUAUUUUUUGUUCUUUGUGAAAAAAUAGUAUGUCAUUGCCUUCCUAUUGGGUAUCUGUAAAUCGUAAAGAUUUAGCAGAAAAAGCCAUAGUUGCAAAGCGAGAAAAAGAGGCUUUGCGUGCUCAAAAAUGUAAAGAAGUUGCUUCUUAUCAUAAGGAAUUGGCCCUGAAGUCUUCAAAAUACAGAAGUUUAGAAGAAACUCAGCCAAUUAAAACUCCCAGACCUAAUGAUGAAUCCAGUGUCAGAGAAAAACUUGCUGCUGAUAUCAAAGAGAGACUAGAAAUUCGCAGACAAAGACUUGCUCAUCUUUUGGCUGUUGAAAAUGAUCAGUAUAUGAGAGAACUGAAAGAAUUACGAGAUAAAGAAAGGGAGCAGGAUCCUUGGAAUAUAAGCAGACUAAAGGAACAGAUUGAAGAGUUACAAAAAAAGAGAAAGGAGACUGAGCAAAAUAUGCAAAAGCGACAUAUGCACCAUUUGUUCAGAAGCAGCGCAUCUGUUAAAGAGUGUGAAGAAAAUCAGCUGCAAGAUGAAGUUGUCCAAUCAUGGGAACAACGUAAGGAAGAACUUGAGAGGCUGAACUUGGAAAAGAAAGAAAAGAAAAGAGAAAGGCAAAAAGUAUUAGAAUUAGAAUACAUGAAAUCAGAUAAAGAAGCAAAGGAAGUGGAAAUGGAACUUUUAGAUGAACAAGAAAAGUGGUCAUGUCUCGUACAAAGCAAUGUAGCAAAGCUUAAUGAAGCUGAAGCAGAGAUUAAAAGGCUUAAAGUAGAGCAUGAAAUUCUCAUAAGUCAUAUAGAAAAAUUGCUGAAAUAUCAAGAAAGAAGAAAAAUGCUUCGAGAUUUACAAAGGCAAGGCACAACACGUAUUCACUCAUUGUGGCAACCUAAAGAAAAACUGAGGAGGAUGUCAAAUGAAGCUCAACAUGCCUUGGAUUUGGAUUAUAAACUCUUGAUCAGUUUAUCAGAACUGAAUAAUUUAGUUGCUGAAGAUACAGCUUUAUCAUUAAUCAGUUUAGAUUGUGUUGAUGAUGCGAAAAAUAAGGUAGAAAUGCAGUUGGCUUUAGAAAAAACUAGGGAAUUUGAAAUUCAACAGAUGUACAAUGAAGAAGCAUCAAAAAUGUGGAACAAGAUGCAAGAGGCUUGGAGCUCAGAAGCUGUUGCUAGAGAUGAAAUUUUGCAUGAAGUCUUUAAGUCUCUUUCUGAAGAAAUAAAUAGGAAAAUUAAUUGUGUUGAAGAACAGCAAAGAAACUGUAUUUCAAUGAAAGAAGCUUGCUUAAGAGCAAUAAGUGAAAUAAACGAAAAUUCAAAAUGUACAACGAGUAUCUUACAAGAUAAAAUGGUGUAUUAUAAAGAAAAGGCAAAGAAAUUGGGAGAAGAAUUAGAAUCCUCUAUUGCAAAGGUGAAGGAAGAACCAAGGCCUCAAUCAAAAACAUACCAAAGAAUAUUUUCUUAAAAGUGUUUUGGAGUUAUGUUUUUAUUGGUCAUUUUAGUAAAAGAUUUCACAAAGCAAUUGUUUUUAAUUACAUAAAGUUAUUUUUGUCAUAAUAGUUUAAAUUAAAAAAAAUAUAUAUAUAAUAUUUUCAUUAAAUGUAUAGGUAUUUUUAAUAACUUAAAUACCAAUGGAGGCAGUGAGAAGCAAAGGGAUGUAAGUGGACAUUUUCAAGUUUUGAGUAAAACACGUUUAAAGAUAACAUCCUAGGUAGGCUUUCACUGAAUUUUUUUUCUAAAUCAUGCUGUAUAGCAGCAACUACCAGGGCUUCUAGUACCAUAUCUUGCCCCAAGACAGAGGAGAGCUUCACCUACCAUGUGUACUGGUUGUCUCCAAAUUUUUCAUUUUCCCACUUCCCUUUGCCCACUGCCUCAAUUGAAAUAUUUUAUUUAAAAAAAAAAUCAGGUAUUUUUUUCCUAUUAAAAGAUAACUUAAUGGCCUUUUUUGUUUCAUUAAUACCUGCAGUGUAAAGAAUAAUGUUUACAAAAUUGAAUUAAUUUUACUACCAACAAUGUAAAAGUUUUGUUUUUGAUUCUAUUAUUUUAAAAAAAUAAAAAAAAAAACUGCUAAAAUUGAACAACACACAUCUAAUGCUAACAACUCUCUAAAUGAUGCAUAUCCUUCAUACCCUUAUUUUCUUACAAAUAGUCUUUGUAAGAAAAAUUUUAAAAUGUGUUACAUAAUUCACUAUGUCUUCAAAGAAAAAUAUUUGAGAAAACAAAAUCUUUGCAGUGCAUACGAAAAUUUUAAAAAAGAUGCAAUUUAUGAGUCGUUUUGAACUUUGAAUAAAAGUUUUCUUUAAAAUGUUUUGGUGUAAAAAAUUAUCCUAACUGAAAUUUAUUUAAGAAAAAAACAAAAGUUAUGGGUUUUCUAACAUUUCUCAAAGUAUUCCAAGAUGUUA